AUGCCACCAAUACUAAGCUCAAUCAUUAGAGACGAAGUUGAGCACAUCGAGGGUGCUUCAAAUGCUCAAUUAUCUGCUAUCGAUGGAAUAGCUAAAGAAUUUGAUUUAACUGUCGAAAAACUCAGAGAAAUUAUCAAGUAUUUUUGUAAUGAAAUGGAUAAGGGACUUGAAAAGACUGGAAUGAAUGUUGCGAUGAUUCCUAGUUUUGUGACUGGUGCUCCAACUGGUAAGGAAGUUGGCACUUUUCUCGCUCUAGAUCUUGGAGGCACAAAUCUUCGCGUUUGUGAGUUUACUUUUGAAGGAGAAGGAGUUGUAAAAUCCAAGCAACAUAAAUAUAGAAUAACUGAAGCCCAGAGAACUGGUUCUGGACGUCAAUUGUUUGAUUUCAUAGCAGAUUGCGUCGACAAAUUCUUGGCUGAAUUUGUAACAGAUUAUUCCGAAAAUACUAAAAUAUUUAAAAUGGGUUUCACUUUUUCGUUUCCUGUGGAGCAAACAGCCAUCAAUAAAGGGACUUUAAUAAAAUGGACAAAAGGAUUUACAUGUUCUGAUAGUGAAAAUAAAGAUGUGGUGUUUAUGCUUCAGGAAGCAUUGAACCGCAAAGGAGUUCCUGCUGUAGUUUCGGCUUUAGUCAAUGACACUGUGGGUACCCUUUUAUCUCAUUCUUACAAAGACCCCAAAACUUUUAUUGGAAUUAUUUAUGGAACUGGUACUAAUGGUGCAUACUAUGAGAACAUUUCCAAAAUUAAAAAAUUAAAUAAAAUUCCAGAUGCUUCAGGAAAAAUGAUUAUUAAUGUAGAAUGGGGUGCUUUUGAUAGUGAAAAAAAAAUUAUCCCAAUCACGAUGUUCGACAACAAACUCGAUCGUGAAUCGAAUAAUCCGCAUUCUCAAAUAUUUGAAAAAAUGAUAUCUGGAAUGUAUCUCGGAGAGAUAGCACGCAAUAUCAUACUGCAUCUCAUUGACCGCAGGUUACUUUUCGAUGGAUAUUCUUCAAAAGAUCUCAACAGGAACUACUCUUUUGAGACAGAAUACAUGUCCGUUAUCGAGGCUGAUGGAAGUCAUACGCUAGAUGAUACCAAAAAAGUUUUAGAAGAGUCAUUAAACAUUCCUUCCACCACGCUUACCGAUCGUCAAAUUGUUAAGAGAGUCUGUCAAAUUGUUGGUUUACGUGCUGCAAGAUUAUCGUCUACGACAUUGGCUGCUGUUAUCAUUCACUGUGGCGUGGUGGAAUGUGGAGUCAGUGUUGGGAUUGAUGGUACUUUAUUUGAACUUUAUCCUCAUUUUAGUGCGCGUCUUGAAACUGCUUUACGAGAAUUGUUUGGAACGAACUUUGACAAGGUUAAAAUUAGUUUGGCUCGUGAUGGAUCAGGAGUUGGUGCUGCACUAGCGGCUAUGUUAGCCACGGAAUAG